AACAUGAGAGCCAUUGAGGACGCCGAGGACCAGAGGGACGGCCUGAGGAAACCGUUCCUCCUCAGAGGGGUCUGGUACGCAAUGCAGGAGAACGGAUCGAGGCAGUCCAGCCUCUCCGGACCGGCGCCACGGAUCCCCCGCAACGGCACCGUUUCCGUACUCCUCUGCGUCCUGAUCGUCGCCUUGGGCCCUAUUCAGUUCGGAUUCGCCUGCGGAUAUUCGUCUCCCACGGAGGACGACAUAAUAAGCGACCUAGGACUUUCGCUCUCGCAGUAUUCGAUAUUUGGCUCAUUGGUGAAUGUGGGAGCGAUGAUCGGGGCGAUCGUGAGCGGCCACAUGGCGGAGUACGUCGGUCGGAAAGGGUCUCUGCUGAUCGCCGCAGUCCCUAAUGUUAUAGGGUGGCUGGCAAUCUCCUUUGCCGAGGAUUCCUUCUUCUUAUACAUUGGAAGGUUGCUGGGUGGAUUUGGUGUGGGUGUCAUUUCUUAUGUGGUGCCGGUAUAUAUAGCUGAGGUAUCGCCUCAGAACAUGAGAGGGACCCUGGGAUCUGUGAAUCAGCUCUCAGUUACAGUGGGAGUUUUGUUGGCUUACCUUUUUGGAAUAUUUCUCAACUGGAGGAUCCUUGCUGUCUUGGGGUCUCUGCCAUGUCUAAUAUUGAUUCCUGGUUUAUUUUUCAUCCCAGAGUCUCCUCGAUGGUUGGCCAAAAUGGGUUUGACCAAAGAAUUUGUAGCCUCUUUGCAGAUCCUACGGGGAUUUGAUACUGAUAUAUCCGUUGAAGUUGACGAGAUCAAGAGUUCUGUUGCAUCGACAAACAAAGGAACAGCAAUUGGGUUUGGAGAGCUCAAGCAGAAAAGAUAUUGGUUUCCUUUAAUGGUAGGUAUUGGACUACUUAUGCUCCGGCAACUCAGUGGCAUCAAUGGGGUAUUAUUCUAUGCCACCACAAUCUUUGAAAGUGCAGGGAUUUCUUCAAGUGAUGUCGCAACUGUUGGAGUCGGUGCUAUCCAGGUUCUUGCCACUGUGGUUACCACUUGGCUCCCGGAUAAAGCAGGCCGACGGCUGCUUCUAAUAUUGUCCUCGUCCACAAUGACUCUGAGCCUUCUUUUUGUGGCUGUAGCAUUCUAUAUGGAGAAUUCCGUUUCAGAAGACUCUAAACUAUACAGCAUAAUGGGAAUAUUGGCGGUGGUUGGGCUUGUGGCAUUUGUGGUUGCCUUCGCUCUGGGAAUGGGAUCGGUUCCAUGGGUUAUCAUGUCUGAGAUUCUUCCGGCAAACACUAAGGGCCUUGCUGGAAGCAUGGCAACGUUGGCAAACUGGACAACAACGUGGGUAAUCACGGCGACAGCAAACUUACUGUUGGAUUGGAGCGCAGCAGGUACCUUCACAAUCUACACAAUGGUGGCAGCUUGUACUGUUGUCUUUGUGAUACUCUUUGUCCCAGAAACUAAGGGAAGAACUCUGGAAGAGAUUCAGUCAUCGUUUUAGAUGACUCUUGCCUCUUGUUGUCACACAUUGAUUUUUGCUGUUGAAGAGA